AUGUCCACACAAAGCGGUAGUGGUGUUUGCCCGGUCCCCAUGGGUGAUCCACCCGCGGAUUUGGUCGAAAGGGUGCUUGAAAAACACCACGCUCUUGAAGAGAAGAGGAAGAAGGAGCGCCAAAGGAGCACCUGUCACCUUCUCGGUCGGUCCCUCUCUCCUUCAAGGCUUCUUAACACGAAGUGGUGUCUGUGUGGAUCAUGUGUGAUUUUCACAACGACACAUGAUAACGUGUGCUGUCGCGAAUUAGUUGAGGAGGCAGAUGAAAUGGAUGGUUCCCAUCAACGGCGAGAAAUUGCGCGAAGGCUGAGGGACAAGUUGAAGGACAUGAAAGGACAAUGUAUCGUCCAACACCCGUCCUUCCAUAAAGUCGUUUUGGAUUCAGAGGUGUCCCCUUGUUUUUACCGUUAUUCGUACCUGUUCAAACAUUAUACAGGUUUUACGCGCGCAGUAGACUCAGUCCAUAUUUUCAGAAUUUUUCGCUACUAUGCCUAUAGAUCGUUUGUUGCCUGGGCCUACGGUCAUCUUGGCCUGGGUAAACGAUAUGAGCUUCCAGCAUGUGUGAGAGCAGCUAUAAUGGCUGAGUACCCUUCCAACACAGGAAAUUACGUUGGGUUCAAGCGAACCAGUGACAAGGAUCCGCCAUUGGAAUGCGAUGAGGAUGAGUGGCGGGACAGGGAUUUUUGA